AACAGAAUGUAGUUUUUGUACACACAAAAUGAUGAUAAUAAGAAACUGACUAACAAUGGCGGUGGCUUACCAUUACCAAGCUCAGAAUCUCUAACACUACACUUCCCUCCAUUUCCAUUCAAUUCCUUCUUCAUCUCUCUCAAAUCGAAGAAACGACCGAGAAUCAUGAAACAAUUGUACAAACAGUCGACUGUCAGUCACCGUCGAGACGAGGAAUUACCAUCAUCAACCCUCACACCGACAUACUCAACCAAGAUCCAAAAACAUCCAAGGUCUCUCCCUAGAUCCAUCACCUACCUUCUCAAAGAACAACGACUUCUCUUCGUUCUCGUGGGUAUUCUAAUCGGUUCAACUUUCUUCAUUCUCCAACCUAGUCUUUCCCGAAUCGUCCCUUCCGAACAACACUCUUCAAUUGCCAGAUCGGUGUCUCUCUAUGGCCGUGAAUCAUUACCCACGUAUGGAUACGGUAGGGAGGUUGGUGGGAGAGUUCCUGUUGGGAUUGGUAGGCGGCGGCUUAGGAUUGUUGUUACUGGUGGUGGGGGAUUUGUGGGUAGUCAUCUUGUUGAUAAGUUGAUUGCUAGAGGGGAUAAUGUAAUUGUUAUUGAUAAUUUCUUUACUGGGAGGAAGGAAAAUGUUAUGCAUCAUUUUGGGAAUCCGAGGUUUGAGCUUAUUAGACAUGAUGUUGUUGAAGCUAUAUUGUUGGAGGUUGAUCAGAUCUAUCAUUUGGCUUGUCCUGCUUCUCCUGUUCAUUAUAAGUAUAAUCCUGUGAAAACAAUCAAAACUAAUGUGAUGGGAACGCUUAAUAUGUUGGGUUUGGCUAAGAGAAUUGGGGCGAGGUUUUUGCUUACUAGUACAAGUGAAGUUUAUGGGGAUCCUCUUGAACAUCCACAGAAAGAAACAUAUUGGGGACAUGUCAAUCCAAUAGGUGUUAGGAGUUGUUAUGAUGAAGGAAAACGAACAGCUGAAACAUUGACAAUGGAUUACCAUCGUGGUGCUGGUGUUGAGGUCCGCAUAGCUAGAAUUUUCAAUACUUAUGGGCCUAGAAUGUGUUUGGAUGAUGGAAGAGUUGUCAGCAACUUCGUAGCACAGGCGAUAAGGAAACAACCAUUGACUGUGUAUGGUGAUGGAAAGCAAACUCGAAGCUUUCAAUAUGUAUCAGAUUUGGUGGAUGGAUUGGUGGCAUUAAUGGAAGGAGAACAUGUUGGUCCAUUUAACUUGGGAAAUCCAGGGGAAUUCACGAUGUUAGAAUUGGCAGAGGUGGUGAAAGAAAGUAUUGAUCCUAGUGCGACAAUUGAAUUCAAACCAAAUACAGCAGAUGAUCCACAUAAGAGGAAACCAGAUAUUAGCAAGGCUAAAGAACUUCUUAAUUGGGAACCAAGAGUUUCUCUUCGUGAUGGCCUUCCAAGGAUGGUUUCUGAUUUUAGGGACCGAAUCUUGAACGAAGAUGAAGGCAAAGGUAAUUAACACUAACUAAAUAUAUAUAUAUAUAUGAAUGUCAUGCCAUGGAUUGAGUGAUAUAGUUUGUAUUCAUUUCUAUUCAUUCCACUUCCCUUCCAUUCCAUUAAUAUUGUUCCAGUUACUAUAUGAAUUGAUGAUGAUGGUAAUGAAUAUUAUUGUGUUUUUCACUA